AACUGAUGUUGGAAAGUUCGAGUUCCAACGUCUUAAAAAAAUUUGUUUUUUAUGAAAUUAUUCUUCGAAAUCUGUCACUUACCAGCUUUUCUAGUCUUUAGGCAGUCGGUUGGAAUUUAUUUACUUCUCCACUUGUUCUUCUUCCAAAGAAAGAACUUGUACCGCAUUAAAAGUGUUUGUAUUGUAAAAUCUAUACCCAGUCGGGAGACUGGUUCUAACCUGAAUAGCUCUUGAUUUUGUUAUUUUUUGGCUGUAUCAGAAAGCUAAGUAUCAAAGAGAGUAUCUGACUUCUGGUUGACAAAUCUUCGUGUGUACUUUUGCUGUAAAGAAGUUUCGGCUCUUUAAAAGAGAUCUAUAAUAGACCAUAAGUAGAAGCAAGAAGUUUGCCUAAAUAUCUAAGGUAAAUUAGCGUUAUCUGUAUAUAGUCAAAAGCUCUGAAAUCUGUGCGUCUGGAAAAAUCUUUGGUCAGUUUUUAAAAACUGCGCCAAACAUUUCUUAUUUGGUUUACUGCAUAAUAUAAAAUUUUAAUUAAAAAACACUUAAUAUUAAAGUAAAUAAUAUGACGCCACCAUGUUGAUGUCAUUUUGGUCGAGCUUCUCCAAUUUGUGAUGUGAAGUGCUGGUGUGGUAUCGGAAAAACAAAUUUCUUAAGGCGUUAUCUUCACUUGUAUGUUAUAAAAACCGCAUUUCUCCUGAAAAAUUUCUAAAAUACUAUAUAUCUAAGGAGGUCGUGUGAAAUGUUUAAGUUGUUCGGUCCUGCUAUUCCAAAGAACGGCCUUCACAGACUCUGAGAAAAACUCCUUGUAAGUUUUGGGAGUCGAUUACAUUACAUAUUGGAAAGUAUUAGACGGUUCGACUUAAAAUUUUCGAAGAAUCUUCUCAAAUAAAUGUACAUCCGAUAAAUAUAAUAUAUAUAUCGAUUUUUGAUUAAAAUGCUGUUUUUAAUGAAGAAGAAUCAGCCGAACUCACGUUUUAUUGAAUAUUAGUCACGCACACAAAUUACUCGGUUAGCGUCCGUCGCCAAAUUAAAUAUCACUUAGCACAGGUCAAAAACGAAGAAUAACUCAUUACCAAAGUGUUUAAUUACAUCAACAUCGACAUUGUAAAUGAGUACCUCCGUUGUAAUGCCAUAUGUCUACAUACAUAUUUGUCCACACAUUCAGCUCAUUAAUCUGUGUAUUUAUACGAGUGCCUUAGAUAAAUUAGUUCAUUUGAUUAAGAACAUUCGUCACGCAAGCAAAACUUUCGGAGUUCAAUGGCAAAUACUCAACAAACCAAAAAAAUUGUGAAAACUUAUUGCAGAGGCAAUGUGAAGAAGUUUCUUAAGGAGACCACAUUGCAUGGCUUGAAAUAUCUGGCUGAUGAUAGCAUCACCAUCUGGGAGAAGUCCUUCUUUUUGUGCGCCUUUCUUGCAGCCAUCAUAGUAACGGCCAAUUUAAUUGCGAAUGUGUAUGCCAAAUGGAUUAGCACGCCCGUAAUUAUAGGCAUAAGUCCACAUCCCACGUCCAUAUUGAGUACACCAUUUCCAGCUAUAACGGUUUGUAAUAUGAAUCAGGUGAUGGCGAGUCGUGUAGCGAAUUAUACAACUGAUUCCAGCGGGGGUGUCUUGUUAAAACUACUAUGCAAUAUGGGAUCAAUAAUAGAUGAAGAAUUAAUGGAGUCACCAAAUUUUAAGUCUAACAAUUUGACAUUUUCAACAUUUUUACAUGAGCACGCCCAACCAUGCUCUCGUAUGUUACUCUCUUGUUCGAUUGGUUCCUCUGUACAGAACUGCUCAGAUCUAUUUCAUGAAAUAAUGACUGAUGAGGGUCUUUGCUGCGUUUUCAACGUUUUACACCCCGAUUUUCUAUUUAAGGGCAACACCAACAAAAUAAUUAGCGACUAUGAACGUGCCGAUAACGUUAUACCGAUCGAUUGGAAUCCGGAAAGUGGUUAUCCCAAAAUUUUACCAAAAAAUUACUAUCCACGUGCAGCAUCUGGCACGGGUGUAUCAAUGGGUCUAACGCUGAUAUUAGAUGCCGAAAUAGAUAAUUAUUAUUGCUCAACAACCAAUGGACCUGGUUUUAAGAUCGGCAUGCACAAUGCAAUCGAAGCGACUACAAUCAGAGAAACCGCGCUCAUUUUGCCUUUGGGUUUCGAGACUCGUUUGCGUAUCGAUGUUAUUAGUACCGAAGCCACCGCCACCGUACGCAAUUUACGCCGCAAUGACCGCCAGUGUCUGUUUAAUGGCGAGGAGAACUUACUCUAUUUCGCACAUUACUCGCGACGCAAUUGCGAGAGUGAAUGUCAAGUGAAAUAUAUCUAUGAACAAUGCAAAUGUGUGCCGUUCAAUUUACCGUUGCUUUUUGAAAAUGCAACCAUAUGCAAUGUACAACAAACAAAUUGUAGCAGUUUAGCCGAAAAUAAGUGGAUGAAGGGUGAUGGUGGCAGUAGUUGUCGUAAAUGUUGUUUACCACCAUGCUUUGAUUUGAACUAUAAAGCCGAUGCUACUUCGACACCUUUACGCGCUUACAACUAUCUGACCCCGCCAAGUAUACUAAAGAAUAUGUCAAUGGAGUAUAUUAACAAGAAUGUUGCGGUGGUGCAUUUCUUCUAUCGCGAAUCUGUAUUCCAUGGUGAUCUGAAAAAUGUCUAUGUCGGCUUUACAGAGUUUCUAUCUAAUACUGGCGGCAUUAUGGGUUUGUUUAUGGGUUUUAGUUUCAUAUCUGUGGCCGAAGUCAUUUAUUUUGCUUUCAUGCGUCCCAUAUUCGAGUUGAUUUUGCCGUUGAGAAGGCAAAGAAUGAUCCAACGCAGAGCUAACACAAUGUUGGGUUUGAGACCGCAUUUUCAACCGCAUCAUCGAUUUCUGAGAGCCAACUAAGUGGCUUUGAGAUCAGUGAGGCUCUGAUUCGAGUACAUGAAUGCAACAUAUAUAAUACCUAUGCAGUUGUUGUUUUCGUCAUAAUUUUUGAAUAAAAUAAAAAUCAAUUAUAUUUCACGAAUAAAGUUGAAAAA